CUGCGCCUGGUGCCUGACCGAGGACGAGAAGUCGGCGGCCCGGAUCGACCAGGAAAUCAACAAGAUCCUCCUGGAGCAGAAGAAGCGGGACCGAGGGGAGCUGAAGCUGCUGCUGUUGGGUGAGUCCGCGGCCACCCCGGGCGGGACAGCCUGGGAGCCCACUUUCAGGAUGAGUCGACUGAGGCCCGGUUCCUCGUCCCAAGGGGUGAGCUGUGGGCCCGUCCCGCGGUCCGGCCAUCUCCUGGGCAUCUGCAGGAGCAGAGGCGGUUUGGGCCGGCGGCCUGGCUUCUGUCAAGCAGGCCCGGCCCGCCCCAUCGGUUCCGCGUUGCAGGAAGGGAAUGAGCCGCACAGCCCGGGGAGCUCCAGCCUCGCCCUCCGAGCCCCUCCCGUCCCUCUGGAGAGCUGGGUCUGUUCUGGUGGUUUAUCAGCACGGUCGUGUGGGCAGAGAGAGCAUUGCCACGUGCCUCUGAUUGAUUGAUUGAUUGGUCGGUUCAUUCACUCAAGACAUACUGAGUAAUUCGUGGGGGCACAGCGGCAGAGGAGAUGGAGCGUGUCCCUGCCUCUGGGGACCUCAGCUUCCGGUGGGGGAAACAGAUGUUAAGCCCCCAAACUAAUAAGCAGGCCCUGGCGAGAGCGGGAAGAGCACGUUCAUCAAGCAGAUGCGCAUUAUCCACGGGGCAGGCUACUCGGAGGAGGAACGCAAGAGCUUCCGGAGCCUGGUCUACCAGAACAUCUUCGUGUCCAUGCAGAGCAUGAUUGAGGCUAUGGAACGGCUGCAGAUCCCCUUCAGCUGGCCCGAGAGCAAGCACCGGGCCAACCUGAUCAUGAGCCAGGACCCCUACAGGGUGACCACCUUCGAGAAGCACUAUGCCGUGGCCAUGCAGUGGCUGUGGAGGGACUCCGGCAUCCGCGCCUGCUACGAGCGCCGGCGCGAUUUCCACCUGCUCGACUCGGCAGUGUACUACCUGUCAAAUCUGGACCGCAUCAUGGAGGAGGGCUACAUCCCUACCUCGCAGGACGUGCUCCGCAGCCGCAUGCCCACCACCGGCAUCAACGAGUACUGCUUCUCCGUGCAGAAAACCAACCUGCGGAUCGUGGACGUCGGGGGCCAGAAGUCAGAACGCAAGAAGUGGAUCCACUGCUUCGAGAAUGUGAUCGCCCUCAUCUACCUGGCCUCGCUGAGCGAAUACGACCAGUGUCUGGAGGAAAACAACCAAGAGAACCGAAUGAAGGAGAGCCUGGCCCUGUUUGGCACCAUCCUGGAACUGCCCUGGUUCAAAAGCACUUCCGUCAUCCUCUUCCUCAACAAAACUGACAUCCUGGAGGAGAAGAUCCCCACCUCCCACCUGGCUACCUACUUCCCCAGUUUCCAGGGCCCGAAGCAGGACACGGAGGCAGCCAAGAAGUUCAUCCUGGACAUGUACACCGGCAUGUACACCAGCUGUGUGGACGGCGCAGACGGGAGCAGGAAGGGCUCUCGCUCCCGCCGCCUCUUCAGCCACUACACGUGCGCUACGGACACACAGAACAUCCGCAAGGUCUUCAAGGACGUGCGGGACUCAGUCCUGGCCCGCUACCUGGACGACAUCAACCUGCUGUGACCUAGGCCCAACGCUCCGGACUCAGACCCGCGCGUGGCAGGCGGGACCUGCGGGCGGUGGGGGCGGGGUGGGCCAGCGCUCAGCGAACCCAGGUGCCCCUUGUUGCUCCAGCCCCAGGCCCAGGUGGCAGAAGGGCCACGAGUGAGCCGGGGUGGAAGGCCGAUCGGCGCCUCCUCCUUUCUCCGUCCCUCAGCAGGACAGCCUCUGUGUCUUCCUUUCCUCGACUCACUGUAUCUCCUUGGAGAGGGAGCACAAUGGCCUUUUGGGAGGCCGGGGUGCAGGAAAAGGUGAAGAGAGCAGGGGAUCCAGGACUUGGGUGGAUGGGGUUCUCUCAGGACCCCCACCUCCAGGUAUGUCCCCCCUUGGGCAGGGGUCUGGGACCCUUUUGGGGGUGAUGCACCAGCCCCGGGACAGGGGAGUGGUCCUUCAUGCCGAGGGACGCGGACUCUGGCGCCCCCUAGCGGAAAGGAGCCGCAUUCCAGCCUGAGGUCUGCGUAGCUCAGGGACUUGCGUUUUCUUACGAGAAAGACGCCCAGAAAACGCUGCCGUAUCAGAGCCUCGUGGUUCGAAGUGUGUCCUGCCCCAGUUUUCAGAUGAAGGAAACCGAGGUCUACAGGCAUCCCCCGCCCCCCUUCCUUACCAGGCUGGGGGCCGGGCGUGCUGCAUCUUACAACCUUCUGUAUUUAUUACCUCACCUUCUGCGGGGCCCCUUGAAGGGUGGACAUUAAAGAAAUGACAUUCUGGAGACCUUUGAUUUCUUAGGGGCGUCCUGGUUAACAACCAACCCCCUGCCCCGCGCGGUCCCAUCUCAGUCGUCUGUCCCGGGCAGGGUAGC